GGCUCUUUGUGGCGCAAACUUUCCUGUCGGCCUCAUGCCUGCCUGUCUGCUGGGCCUGCUGGUGUUUUGUUGGCCUGAAUCACUCAUUGGACUCUUCCUGGCCUGCGCCCUUUUGCUUUGUUCAUCCUUGGGUCUUCCGUUCUUCAGUCAUCUAUUAAGGCGUCUCAGGCCCUCUCUCCGCCUUUUGCCAUUUUUGGUGUGCGCAGCUCGCCCACGCUGUCACGCCAGCCGUUUUUUCUUGCCUCCCGCCGAGAUACGAAAGGAUCGACGCCCUGAACCGCCGCUUCAUGAGGGGGUAGUCGGCCUGAGCACGCCACGUCGCCCAGCGCUCCCGGUGGAGAGCGUCUUGGCUUUUCUCAACGAGCAUAUUAUACUUCUUUUCUAAUUCACGACGUUGGUCUGGCUCUGGUGACGCCUCUGUUUUUUCCAAGGGCAGGGCGGUCACGAUGCCGAUCGGAGACCUUUUGGCUCAGAUUACUGGCGACCAGUCGACUGCCGGCUCGGCCCGAACACCUACGCUCCCACGGGGCAGCCAGGUACCGACGAAGCGGAAGCCCGACGAUGACUUGCGCGGCAACGCCUCCAAGUCGGUUCGCCACGAGCCUUCGCAACGGCCGAGCCACGGCUCGCGCCCGACAAGCGACAGGCCCGCUGCAUCGCACCGGUCGGCUUUGAACGGCUCGAAACCCGCCCCGGUCGACAGGACCAAGUCGGCAAACGCGAUAUCGAAGCCAGCCAGGCCCGCCAUCCCUGGAGCGCGGUCGAGCCCGAACAAUACCCCGGCACCAGUCCCGGCCGCCCCAAGAGCACCCCCGAAGAAGGGAUCCUUUGCUGAGAUUCUCGCGCGAGGGCAACGGGCCCAGGCCGUAAUGGGUCAGGUGGGCAAGAUCCAGCACAAGAAGGUCGAAAAGGGAGCAGCAGCCAGGAACAAGGAGGACGUGAAGACUCCUCAACCUGGCAAACCGACUUCCGCUCAGGCAAAGGGAAAGCAAGCGGCUGGAUACUCUGGGACAUCAAAGGCCGCUCCCCGAAACGGCACGAAUGGCCAUCGCGUGGCGGGCAAGAAGGACCCUCGAGACACCCAGGCAGGCCGAUCGAAGACCGGAACCUCUCGACGCGAAGCAGAAGAAGAAGCCGCCGCCGCCGCCGCCGCCGCCAAAAAGGUCAAGAAGGCAGCCCUUGUCAACACGGGCUACGCCGGCACCGCGCGGCCCAAGCCCGCGGAAGCGGGCCACCGCAAGAAGGAGACGCCCCGUGGCGGAGCGCUGCUCAACGCGCCCAUAUCUCGGGGCUCGUCGAAGCGCUCGCGCUACGAGGAAGACUACGACGAGGAGCUCGACGACUUCAUCGAGUAUGACGACGAGGAAGACGAGGGCGGCCCGAAGUACGGGUACGAGUCGGACGGAUCCUCGGACAUGGAGGCCGGCCUGGACGAGCUCGACGUCGAGGAGCGCAGGGCCGAGUAUUUCGCCCGCAAGGAAGACAUCGAGGAGGAGCGCCUCGAGAAGACCCUCAAGGCGGCCAAGGAGGAUCGCAAGCGCAAGGCCAUGGAGGAGCUGCGAGCGCGCCGCCGCUGACGUGGCGGCGGGGCCCAAGGAGCACCCUGAUACCACGAAGGCUUGAUUACUUGUCCGUGUUUGGGCAUCACCUGGGGCGUUGGGAAAGAAUGGCCAUGGCAUUUGCUACCGUAUCCUUAGCCUCGAUUCAUUAGCGGCGGAGUUUGAUCGUUUCAUCCCUCUCACUUGGAUCUAUUUCCCCUUUUCGAGCUUACACGUGGAGAGAGUCGGUCAACCAGGGGCCCGGUUGAGAUAGCAUGCAGCAAGGGUUUGGGUGUUGGCACCAGGCAGCGAUGUAUUUCGAUACCGAGACUGGCAUUUGAAUUUGUAAACAUGUCAUGCAAGAUGCAC